AUGUACAUAUCAGGUACACUGGUGGCCUGGGUUAUUUGCACGGACGCUGACGUGGAUACCACCAACAACGACCUCACAUACAGCAUCACAUCUGGGAACGCAGAAGGGAAAUUUGAAAUUGCUGUGUCCACAUCUGGGCAGGUAACCGUUGUGUCCGGACAGUCUCUGGACUAUGAGACCACCACCAGUUAUAUGUUGGACGUGUCCGUUACUGACGUCAGUGGUGUAGCUGUAACGGCUGAGGUGGCAGUGGUGGUGACAGGUGUGAAUGAGUUCCCGCCGACCUUCACGGCGACAUCCUACUCUGCGGAUGUUAACGAGAGCCUGCCCAUCGGCACCAUUGUGACGUUUGUGGCCGCUACAGACAGCGAUAGUGGUGUUGACGGAACUAUCAGCUACAACAUCACCUCCGGGAACGAGCUCAGCCACUUCAUCCUGGACUCGAGCUCGGGCCUCAUCUCCACCGCUGCCGUGCUGGACAGGGAGACCACGGCCUCCUACAGCCUGGUGGUCACCGCUGAUGAUGGCGGCGCGACUCUCGACACGGCCACGGUCGUCAUCACCGUCAACGACAUCAACGACAACGCGCCAGUCUGCCCAACCUUCUACAGCGUUCUGGUAUCCGACGACGCGCUGGUGAACUCCAUCAUAGAGACCGUGGUGUGUACCGACGCCGACAUCUCACCCAACAUCGCCAUGUCCUACUCCAUCGUCACGGGCAACACAAACAGCGACUUCAGCAUAGACAGCACCGGGGACGUUCGCGUGGAGAACACGCUGGAUGACGCCGUGACGGAGUUCUACACGCUGGAGGUCUGGGUCACGGACGGCACGCAGUACACCACCGUCACCUACGUCUAUGUCCAGGUGCAAGACGCCAGCACCACGGGUCUGACGUUCAUCCCCAGCAACACCUACAGCUUCAGCGUGGCGGAGAACUCUGCCGUGGGGACCGCAGUGGGGACGGUGUACGCAGGCGUGGCGGGGGGACAGAUCGCCUUCUCAGCCUCGCCUGUCGUCUCCACAGGAGGUACCGUAACGUUUGCGAUCUCCACUGCUACGGAGCAUAACGGCGCGCAGGCGAACACUCUGUUCCAGAUUUCAAACUCCAGCUCCGGGGCUAUCACGAUCCUGCUCCCUCCCACCCGUGAGACGAACGACGCCGUGCAGUUCGUGGUGAUCGCCAGCAGUGCCGGCCCGCCGCCCCUGUCCGCGGAGGCGACCAUCUUCGUGGACAUCACGGACGUGAACGACAACGCGCCAGUCUUCGGCAGCAGCUUCUACAGCGGUGAGUGCGGCACGACGAGUGACUUCGGCCAGGCGAUCGUGACGAUCAGCGCCACGGACGCGGACGAGGGGACCAGCGGGACGGUGACGUACGGGGAGUCCGCCGAGUAUCCGGAGCUGUUCGAGCUGGACACGACUACAGGAAACAUCCGCCUAGUCAUCGACCAGACGUUGGCAACUCAGACCGCCUACCUGAUGACCAUGUCGGGUACCGACGGAGGCUCCCCGGCCCUCUCGUCCCAGACCACCGUCAGAGUCGACGCCUACGACCCCUACACGACCCUGGUGGACAUCGAGCUGGCCAUGACAGAGGACGAGUUCUGGACAAACAAGGACACGUUCCUCAGCGAGGUGACCACCAUCCUGCGGACCCAGUACGCCACCGCCAGGUGUGGGCUUGCCUACAUCACCAGGAAGGACGUCUCCGUCAUCACUACCAACAGGAGGAGGCUGCUCACCACUCAGGGCGAGGUGGUAGCGCGCGUGUACGGAGUACGGAACGACAACGCGGACACCGCAGCCGGCAUCAACAACAACAAGGAGUUCUUCACGGACGCAGAGAUGCUCAGCACCAUCACAGGUUCCGGCCUGACCAUCACAGACUCCAUCACCGUCCAGGACUAUGAUGACGGCACCACCACCACCACCUGGAUACAGUACCCAGCAUCCAUCGCACUGGUCGUGCUCAGCUGCAUCUUCUUCGUUCUGGUGGUGGCGCUCAUCAUCGCGCUGGUGCUGUGGUGUCGGAGGAAGAGGGGCAAGGGGAAAGUCUCGAAGAAGGACAGUGUAAAAGACAAGCCUGAAAAGCAGCAGAGGUGGUCUUCCCCACUUAUCACUGCUGUACCAGCCAACAACGCCACCAAGCAGCCGCCCCCGAAGAGGAAAGCGGAUGUUGUGUACAUCGACAGGACCGAGUUUGACGGGGAAGCAGUGGACGAGAAGACGGGCAGGGAAUAUUACUACAACACGAAGACAGGCCAGCGGAUAUGGAAGGACGGACUGGGGGACUCCACUGCAGUACUCGUGGCCCCCGGCAGGUUCAAAUCGUUGAUGUGA